UUCUUCAUAUCUUAAAGAACCACAAGAAAGAAAAUAAAAGAUAAAAGUUGGUUUCAAUGGAUGGCUUGAUACCAAUGGCGUUCAGAGCCGUGAAGAAGAACCUAACUCGCCGUCGUUACGAGUGUCUCUCCUCCUCCUCCACAACCCGUGACUCUUACAACUUCGUUUCCGAUACUGAAACGAACGUAGAAGGUCACCAUCGUCGUCGCAGGUCCAUGGGAGACUUCUCGUCGUUAUCAAGCCGGGAAACAAAAAGAAGUAGCGGUGGAGCUAGGGAGAAGGGUUGUUCACCGCCACGUGAAGGUCAACUCGUGAGAUACAAGAGCCAUCGUUUGUUUUCUUGCAUCUCAGGUCAAUAGUAUAAUUUAUCAUUUCAAGAAAAUAGCAAACUCGAAACCUUUUUCAGCGUGUUGAUUGGUUUAUGUUACAAAGAUGUGUGAUAUUGAUCAUGUACAUAUUCGUUGUCUUGUGAUGAAUCUUCUGAUAUCGUAAACUUUACGGUACAACAUGGGUGUUGUUGUGGAAAUGUAUAAAUGCUGGGUCUUAAACAA